AGGAACGCUUGUAAAGCCCUCCUCUGGGCUGCGACUGCAGUGUGAGCGAGGGGCUGGCUCACUCUGGAGAUUUUUUUGCGGAAACUUUUUUUGUUUGCUCAGCAGGAGACGUAAAGACGAUAAAUGGAGCGUUGCUUUCGUAAAUGUGGGUCCUUGAACUGAAAAGGAUUUAUUCUUUUUUCUCUUAACUCACUGGAUUGCAGAGACUGGAGAGAUUUUUCAAACUUGAUGUUGGUUUGCUGCUUUGAUGUCCAGAGCAGGACUUGUUGAGCGGGGUGGGAACAAACUAUGGCUGACAUCACCUGUGCCAUUGCCUAGCAACAGGAGCCCUGCUGAAAGGGUCUAACUACGCCAUGUCAAACGGGGGCGGGGCACCCAGCAGCAGCACCCACCUGUUGGACUUCCUAGAGGAGCCCAUCCCUGGUGUGGGGACCUACGACGACUUCCACACUAUCGACUGGGUCCGCGAGAAGUGCAAGGACCGCGAGAGGCACCGGAAGAUUAACAGUAAGAAAAAGGAGUCAGCAUGGGAGUUCACAAAGAGCCUGUACGACGCUUGGUCUGGGUGGCUGGUGGUGACGCUCACUGGCUUGGCCUCAGGUGCUUUGGCUGGCCUGAUUGACAUUGCUGCUGAUUGGAUGAACGACCUGAAGGAGGGCGUGUGCCUGAGCGCAAUGUGGUUCAACCACGAGCAGUGCUGCUGGACGUCCAAUGAGACCACCUUCGCUGAGCGGGACAAGUGUCCUCAGUGGAAGAGCUGGGCUGAGCUAAUACUGGGGCAGGCUGAGGGCCCCGGCUCGUACAUCAUGAACUACUUCAUGUACAUCUACUGGGCUCUUUCCUUCGCCUUCCUGGCCGUCUGUCUGGUCAAGGUGUUUGCUCCGUACGCCUGCGGCUCGGGGAUCCCUGAGAUCAAGACCAUCCUGAGUGGGUUCAUCAUCCGGGGCUACCUGGGCAAGUGGACCCUGAUGAUCAAGACCAUCACUCUGGUGCUGGCCGUGGCGUCUGGCCUCAGCCUCGGGAAGGAGGGCCCCCUGGUCCACGUGGCCUGCUGCUGUGGGAACAUCUUCUCCUACCUCUUCCCCAAGUACAGCAAGAACGAAGCCAAGAAACGAGAGGUCCUCUCAGCUGCGUCGGCGGCCGGAGUGUCCGUUGCUUUUGGAGCACCGAUUGGAGGAGUGCUCUUCAGCUUGGAGGAGGUGAGCUACUACUUCCCUCUCAAGACGCUGUGGCGCUCCUUCUUCGCUGCCCUGGUGGCGGCCUUCGUCCUGCGCUCCAUCAACCCGUUCGGUAACAGCCGCCUGGUGCUGUUCUACGUCGAGUACCACACGCCGUGGUACCUGUUUGAGCUCAUCCCCUUCAUCCUUCUGGGAGUUUUCGGAGGCCUCUGGGGAGCCUUCUUCAUCCGAGCCAACAUCGCGUGGUGCCGGCGGCGCAAGCUGACACGCUUCGGCAAGUACCCCGUGUUGGAGGUGAUCUUGGUGGCGGCCAUCACCGCUGUGGUUGCUUUCCCGAACCCGUACACGCGUCAGAACACCAGUGAGCUGAUAAAGGAGCUGUUCACCGACUGCGGCCCGCUGGAGUCCUCACAGCUCUGCCAGUACCGCAGCCAGAUGAACGGCAGCAAGGCUUUCACCGACAACCCCAACCGGCCGGCGGGGCCGGGCGUCUACGCCGCCAUGUGGCAGCUCUGCCUGGCGCUCAUCUUCAAAAUCAUCAUGACCAUAUUCACCUUUGGGCUUAAGGUCCCGUCGGGUUUGUUCAUCCCCAGCAUGGCCAUCGGGGCGAUCGCGGGGCGAAUCGUCGGCAUCGCCAUGGAGCAGCUCGCCUAUUAUCACCACGACUGGUUCUUGUUCAAAGAGUGGUGCGAGGUGGGAGCCGACUGCAUCACUCCAGGGCUCUACGCCAUGGUGGGGGCCGCAGCAUGUCUGGGUGGCGUGACCCGUAUGACCGUCUCCCUCGUCGUCAUCGUCUUCGAGCUCACCGGUGGGUUGGAGUACAUCGUCCCCCUCAUGGCCGCCGUCAUGACCAGCAAAUGGGUGGGCGACGCGUUUGGCCGCGAGGGAAUCUACGAGGCCCACAUCCGUCUGAACGGGUACCCCUUCCUGGACGCCAAGGAGGAAUUCACGCACACCACGCUGGCCAGGGAGGUGAUGAGGCCUCGACGCAGCGACCCGCCGUUAGCGGUGCUGACGCAGGACGACCUGACGGUGGAGGAGCUGCAGGCCACCAUCAAUGAAACCAGUUAUAAUGGUUUCCCUGUGAUAGUGUCCAAGGAGUCCCAGAGGCUGGUGGGCUUUGCUCUGCGGAGGGACAUCACUAUCGCCAUAGAAAACGCUCGCCGCAAGCAGGAGGGCAUCAUGUUGAACUCCAGGGUGUACUUCACCCAGCACGCACCCACCCUGCCGGCCGACAGCCCCCGGCCCCUCAAACUGCGCUCCAUCCUGGACAUGAGCCCCUUCACCGUCACUGACCACACCCCCAUGGAGAUCGUGGUGGACAUCUUCAGAAAGCUCGGGCUGCGCCAGUGCCUGGUCACUCACAACGGGAUUGUGUUGGGCAUCAUCACAAAGAAGAAUAUAUUAGAGCAUCUGGAGGAGCUCAAGCAGCACACGGAGCCCCUGGCGGCUUCUUGGUAUUAUCACAAAAAAAGAUAUCCUUCGUCACAUGGCGCAAAUGGCAAACCAAGAUCCCGACACCAUCAUGUUCAACUGAUCCGCUCCUUCCAGGACGGCUGGGGGGGAGGGGGAGACGACUGCGAGGAGGACGAGGAGGAGGUGCGCCUCCUGGACGGCUCCAACCUCUGACAUUCGGACCUUUUUUUUUUUUCUCUGUUUAGUUUUGAGCUUUGUAGACCCUGAACCUCGCCGACUGACUGUGGCCCCCACAGACUUUUACCAGCCAUGAGAAGGAAAAGACGUGAUUAAAAAAAGACUUUAUUAUCAUUCUGGCUGCUGAGGACACGAGGAGGUCACAGGGCUCGAAGGCGCACACAUGAGGAAUGCACUUUUUACACACACACACACACACACAAAAUGACAAAAACACACACUUUUGCACUUGCAGACACCUCAUACAUGCAUGCUCUCUCUCCCUUCACACACACACACACACACAAGACUCCCUAACCUGUAAAGAUACACCCGUUUGCACACUUCAUGUGCCUCACCUUUGUCCUGUCGCCGCUGAGAUCGUGGUCGCCUGGCUGGGGUCAAAGGUCGGAAUGAACCGCCGAUGAGGGACGCGAUGAGGGACCUUGAGACCUCCAGGCUUCUGUGGAAAUAAACUCACUUUCCUCUACCCACCCCCCCCAACCCUGCGCACACACACACACACACACACACACACACCAGACCUGUCCGUCCUCCAGAGAAAUACAUUGUUUACCUGUGAUUUAAGUGUGUGUAUGUGGUUGAGAGAAUGUGUGUGUGUGUGUGCGUGUGUGUGUCCCUUGCGUCACUACAUUCCAGCCAGGAUGCACCUGCUCCUCACCCAGAAAACAGCAGCAGCUCAUGAUCGCAUGGCACGCAGCUGCUCACCUGGGUACACCUUGGUCUAAAAGAGAUGGCUAUGGCAUGCGUGUGUGUGUGUGUGAGAGAGAGAGAGGGUGGUAGAGAGACAUAGAUGGGUACUGUAUUUCAAGAACAAAAAAUGUUCCCUUUCAGAAGGAAAAAAGUGAAAAAGUAGGACCUUCAGUGAGUGUGUGUUUUCUUUUCUGAGCCAGCUUGAGCUUUGUGUGUGUGCAGGUGUGUGUGUGUGUGUCCUGUCGUCUCAUUCAGUGUGAAGGCAGGUCAAGUGUGCGAGUAAAGAAAAAAGUCCAGGUCGGGUUCUUCUCUGUUACUGGAAAACAAAUAAAUCAAAUUUCGUUUUUCUUCUCAAGCAAUUAUUACUUUUAGUUUAUUGAUCUUCCUGUAAUCAAUGAACUCUGCAUCUCGAGGCAGAACAGAACUGGAAAUCUGCACUGUUUAAAGCGGUCGGUUAAAGUUGGAGGCGGGUGGCGUUGAUGCUACGCGGUGACUUCUAUUCUUUUUCUGUAAUCUGAGCGCGUCUCUGGGACGUAACGAUUUAUAUUUCCAGAUUAAACUCCUGUUUGUUUCUCAGACCAGUCGUCACCUCUCGAGGCCCCGACACACACUGUUUAACACUCCAUCCAUCUUUGGAAACCUGAGCCCAAUUCACACAACAGAAACCUAAUUUUCCUCCGAGAAUCCCACAAUGUAAAGACAUAUUUUAUGUGUCUGGCACCUGGGCCACAUCACACUUUGAUCAAACAGUAUUUCCUGACACUGCAGAUGUGUGUCUGUGCCAGAUGGGUGGAAGUUGAGGCAUCAAAAACCAACAAAAACACCCAGAGAUUUAAAAACUUUAAAAACUAGCAAUUAUUUUUAAGCUAACUUUUUUUAUUUUCAAUUAUUGGAGUUAAAAUUUGGCAAACUAGCCAAAGUUAAUGUCUCUGAGUUGCACGUUUUUGUGGUCCAAUAAAAACAUUUGAAUCAUAAUGAGAGGAAAGCCGAACUGAACCAGAGUGCAGCUAUAAAUCCUCACGUUUUAGAAGCUGGAACCAGCGAAUGCAGCGUGUACUCUCAGCUCCUCAUCAGAGGUUUCAAACUGGCUGUGAACAGUUAAAACGAAGAGUGAUGUUGUGCACGUUCCUAAUAAAGCUAUCCGACACUUCAAAGAUAAAAGCUUGCGUUAAAUUGGGAGGAAAACAAAUAUAUGUGAUAAAAUAAUCUCUAUGUAUUUACAAGUUUAAGCAUCUGCGGUUUCUUGAUUAUUGCACAAAUGGUCAAAACCCCUGGAACUGACGAGUCAUCGGACCCUAAAUUUGCAGAACUGCUGUUUCUAAGGUCAAGAAUAAGCUGUCUGACCCCAAAAUAGUGAAUUUUGUGUAAAGGAAAGUUUUAUUUUCCUUUUUAAGUCUUCUCUCAUAUCCUGUCAAUCAUCUCAGGACCUUCAGAACAGCUGAGGUCAAGUCUCGCUACAUCUGCCAAGUGCCUGGCAAAGGUUUUUAGGCUUUUCAAAACCCUGGAAAAGAAACACCUGCUUCUCCGACUAACCGCUCUUUGUGCUCGGAACACGAGGCGAUCCUUAAAGCGUGAACGAUGAAGGGAAACGUGGCGGCGAAGCGGGGACGAACAGUAGCACCUUACCUGUUGAGUGGCAGCAGUUAGUCUGAGUGUGUGUGUGCGCGUGUGAGAGAGUGUGAGGAAGGUCGGGUUCAUCCUGUGUGCUCGUUUCUGUUGCAGUGGCUGUCCUGCUGGAGGUCGACAGGCUGCAGGGCAUCGUCUUUGUUAACCAGUGGUGUUGCCUAACAUUGUAUUUCAUACUGAUCUCAAUGGUUUCUCCCUUAUUUUUUUUUUAAUUUAUGGAUAGUGUCGAUAGAGUUGUGCAUUAUUAUGAAGAAUUUUAUGUAUGAUUACAUUGUUUGAUUGUACAUUUAAAACAAAAUAUUGAAGAUUAAAUUUUGUUUUAAAUUAAAAGGAAAAAGAGAUUCAAGUU